AUGAGUGCUAUUUAAUUAAGAAUUAGAGGCCCAAAAGGUUAAAAAGUUGUUAGUACUUUGAGAAAUGAUAGUACUUUUAUAAAUUUAAAAGAGUAGAUUGCUUUACUUAAUGAAACAAACUAAGAGUCCCUUGUAUUAAAAAUGGGAUUUCCUCCAUAAAUUGUUACAGGCUAAGAUAGUUAAACAUUGGAAUAGUUAGGUAUAUCUUCAGGAUCUACAAUUAUUGCAGAGAUAGAUUUGAAAAAAGUAUAAGUGCCUAUAAAUAAAGAAUUACCUAACUAAUAGGUACCAAAUUAAGAAGGAUUAGUUAUGAUAAGAAAAGUUAUACCAGCAGAUAAUAACUGCUUGUUUAGCUCAGUAAUUUAUGCUCUUGAAAGGAAUAAGCCAUAACAAUCUACUAAACCAAUAGAUUUAAGAAAAUAUAUAGCUAAUGUAAUAUUAAAAUCUGAUAGCGAAUAUAAUGAGGUCGUUCUGGAAAAAAGCAAAUCUGAGUACGCUACCUGGAUCCAGUAAGAAACUUCUUGGGGAGGAGCUAUAGAAGUUAAAAUCUUAAGUGAAAAAUAUAAUGUUGAAAUGGUGGUUAUCAAUAUUUAAACUGGAAAAGCUGAGCAUUUUGGUCAAGAUUUAAAAACAAAUGAUAGAAUAUUUUUAUUAUACGACGGAAUACAUUACGAUAUAUUAUGUAGAAAUAUAUCAGAAGAUAUGCCUGAGGAAUACAAUGUUUGUGUUUUUGAAAAAAAUGACAUGUAUGCUUAUGAAGGUUGUUUAGUAUUAGCUAAAUAGUUUAAAGAAAAAAAGCAAUUUACUGAUGUUUCUACAUUCACUCUUCAAUGUGGAAUAUGCUUAUAAGGAUUCAAAGGAUAAGCAGAAGCUUUAAAACACGGCUAAAGUACUGGUCAUAUGAACUUUUAAGAAGUUAAAAAGUGA